AGAAGAAGACGGAACAUUGUAUAAGCUACGAGUUGACGUAUUUUGUUGGAGACUACCUAUUUCUGUAUUCGAACAUUUGAACUUCACGCAAAGUAGGCACUUAAAAUACCGCGCAGCACAAUUUGGACAUUUUUACACGUUUACCGACAAGAUUUUUUCAUUCAUUUGGGUUUUUAAACAGACUCUUUAACGCAAGCCGAUGGGUGUAGACAAGAUUAUGGAUGUCGUCCUCUUGCUCAUUGUUGUCUGGACGUGGGGCGCUGUUGACAGCAGUCAAAUGGAGCCGGGCGUGGAGUUGGGAAGAUGUCGAACUCGUUGUUUACAGUUUCUCUCAUUGGAAGUGAACGACGAAGAAUGUAUGAAAGAUGGGAAUUGUAAAAUGUGCUGGGAGACAUGUGAAUACCUACAGUGGGAACCUCACACCUGGGAUUCCUUGUGCAAUACACCCCAUAUAUGUUUUCCGGGUUGUAAAAGUUCCUGUGCAUUCUGGGAAAAUCACUCAGCGGCCGACGCAGUGACUACCCUCCACGAGCUUAUGAAACCUGUUCAAGUCACCUAUAAUAAAGGAACUCUACGUUUGGAAUGGAUGCCACCUAAUUUGGGACAAACAUCUGGCCAUCUCAUCUAUAUCCUAAAUAGCCGAGAUGCAGGUCACCAAUUUGAUGAUUGGUAUACAGAUAUUCAGACUGCAGACACGUGGGUAGAGUACGAGAUGGAUUGGUUUCCAUAUUUCAAGUUUCAGUUCCAGCUCUUGGUUAUCAGUGAAAAUGGAAUUGUGGCUAUUUCAGAAACGGAGAUUCUUGAUAUCAGGCAAUUACAUGCACUUCCAAGUCUACCCAGUGUUCAGGAUGCUCCUUCAAGUACCACCUUUACCUCUGCUGACCCUUUACCUACCACGUCAGCACCAACCGGACCUCCAAGUACCACAUCAGCACCAUCAAGCGCUCCAAGUACUACAGCCAAGCAAACCGACCUCCCAAGUACCACUUUAGCACCAACUGGUCAGUCAAGUUCCAUAGCACAAACUGGUCAUCCAAGCACCGCAGCACCAACAGCUGGUCACCCAAGAACCCCGACAGCACCAACUGUCACUCCAAGUGUCCCUGCAGCACUUGUUGAUCCAAUUAACAUCUCCGUGACAGCAGGGCGAAACGGCAGCACCAUCUAUGUUUUUGUCCACUGGCAGCAGAUGUCUGCAGAACCCACUGACUACAGUAUCUUCUGGGGCCUGGAGAGCUGCAAUGGUUGCACUGCCACGUCUGCAUCUGACUACUAUGCCACACAUGUUACUGAUGUUAUGGAAGGGCUCGCUGAGUUCAGGCUGAUAGCAGAAUGGACAUUUAAUUCGAAGUACUGGUUGCAAAUUGAACGCACAUCAACCGGAUCGUUUUCCCCAAGGAUUUCCUUUUACACCCCCGAGUGUGACAUUACCGAUUCUACCUUCACCGUGUGUCGCCAUUCUGAGGAGGAGGAGGAGGAAGAUUAUAAUGCUGACCACAUCAGUACAGAGGAAACCAAACCCAGUCACGUGAUCGUCGUUAUAUGCGUGGCGGUCAGUGUUGUAGUGGUCAUCGUCAACGUCAUCAUUUGCAUUAGAUGUCACUGGAAACGUACAAGGGUCAUCGAGAGAAGAGCCAGUGCUAUGGGCAAAAACAUUAACAACGGCCCAGGCUUGUAUUCUGAUGACCAGCUGGUUUCAGUGCAGGACAAAUGGGAACUUGACCCCAUGUGUCUGACCUUUGGUCACCAGUUGGGACAAGGGACAUUUGGCAAGGUGCUCGUUGGGUCAUGUGACGGCAAGAAAGUUGCCAUCAAAAUGGCGAAAAGUAAUGUCCCGUCUUCCUACAAAGCAGACCUACUUGCAAAGGUCUGCCUGAUGAAGAAGAUAGGUAACCAUCCCAACAUCGUCUCUAUGAUCGGGACCUGUACACUGAGAGAACCAGUGGCCUUGGUAAUGGAGUAUAUGCCUCAUGGAAACCUACAACAUUUUCUAAGGUAA